AUGAAGGAGAAGUAUGAUACUAUCCCGCCACCUGUUUCGCACCGGCAGGAUGGCCCGAAGAGCUCCAAGGCAAAGAACUUUGCCAGACACUGCUUGAUAGCCGUGUUCCUAUGCCUGACGGUCUUCGUCGUGCUGCAUAAACCUCACUUCCCGCAGAAAUAUAUCGACGCUGUGAAGGAUGCCGCGUCUGCUAGACCAGACAAGCACACAACCACCUCAGAUGCCGACAACAACUCGAAGAAAGUGCCCUUCGAGGCGCAUAUUAUGAGCAAGUGCCCGGAUGCACAGUUCUGUCUGCACGACCUGGUGGUGCCGGCCAUGGAGCAGGUUCACAGGAAAGUCGAUUUCAAGCUCUCUUUCAUCGGAUCAGCCUCAAAAGACUCAUCGGCUGUAUCCUGCCGCCAUGGCCCACCAGAGUGCGUAGGGAACAUGCUGAUGCUCUGCGCAGCCAACCUUCCAUACCCACCACGAGUCGCCAGCUCCUCUUCCUCGCCAGACACCAAGUCCUGUCCCAACUACAACACCACGCCCGUUGUUCGAUAUCUCGGUUUCACCAACUGCAUGAUAUCCAAGUAUCAAGAUAUCCCUGACCGUGCUCUAGUUCAGAACUGCGCACUUGAGUACGGAAUCAGCUUCAACGCCCUAAACCAGUGUGCCAGUCGCCAGAGUGAUGAAGGUGAUGAAGCUCAUGAGGGCCAGGACUGUGAUCAUGGACCAAGUGGACUUGCUCUGAUGAGGAAGAGCUUCAAGCACAGCGCGGAUGUGGGCGUCACCAAGAGCUGUACCGUCAGGGUUGACGAUAAGUUCUGGUGUAUCCGUGACGGCGGUGAGUGGUCGGACUGUGGAGAAGGCAACGAGAGGAGUGAUGUCUCCGUCCUGGUCAAGGAGAUCGAGCGUCUCUGGGACGAGCGGAACUAG